UGGCACUCAUUUGUCCGGUUAAAAGAAAAGUAAAGUGCUUCAUUGUUGAUUGGCCGAGCAGAUGAAAGUCUGCUCCUUUUCCUUAGAUGUUAAGAAAGAUGAAAAAAUUGAGUGAAACAGAGAUCGAAAUGGGAAAGGAAGAACGUGAGGAAAUUGAAUCAUCGUCACAAGAAGAAGAAGAAGAAGAAGUAGAAGAAGGAGACAGUGAUGAAAACGAUUAUGAGAGAGGACUGGUGGAGAAAUGGAAAACCCACUACUCAUCAAAGCACAGAAUACUCUUGGUUGGAGAGGGAGACUUCUCCUUCUCUCUUUGCCUGGCCAGAGAGUUUGGUUCCGCCCUCAACAUGGUUGCCUCCUCGCUUGAUAGCCAAGAAAACAUAACGAGCAAGUACAGUAAUGGAGUGAAGAAUGUUAGGGAGCUAGAAGAGAGAGGAUGCUUGGUUCUCUAUGGAGUUGAUGCAAAGCAAAUGGGCCACCAUUACUUCCUCAAGACUCAGAGGUUUGAUUGGAUUGUCUACAACUUCCCCCAUGUGGGCUUUCUCUUUCGAGAGGAUAGUUACUGCCAGAUCCAGUUGAACAAGAGACUGAUAAAGGGUUUCUUGAAGAAUGCAAAGGUUCUGCUAAGGGAGAAUACAGGGGAGAUUCAUAUAUCGCACAAGGAGGGUGAUCCCUACAACAAAUGGGAUUUAGUUAAGAAAGCAGAGAAGAUAGGGCUGGUUCUCCAUGAAGUCGUGCCUUUUAACAAAGAUGAUUAUCCAGGAUAUAAUAACCAGAGAGCUCAAGGAAGCUCCUCUGAUGAUUCCUUUCACCUUGGCGAUUGUAGUACUUACAAGUUCACAUGCAAACUCUCCCAUAUUUGCUUGUAAUGAGAUUACGACUGUUAAACUCUUGACUAAUGAUGGUAUGGUCAAAGGCGAGGGGACUUUGGUAAAAUAUGUUGCUUUCCUAUGACCAUCUAGUUUGUUUCAGUAUCUAUGUUUGCCAUAGUUUGUUUCAUUAACCUUUCCUUCUCGUUCUCAUUGUUUCCCUGGAACAAGAUCCUUCCACAAAGCCAACACCUCUUUUUUCUCUUCAGCUACUUGAUUUUUCACUAUUUACUCUUCAGAUAUCAUUAUAUAUGAAAUAUCUUGAAGAAAAUUGUGUUUGAUUCACUCAAUCCAAUCUUUCAACAUUUGCU